AUGUCUCCGGAAGGAGGCCGGAGGGCUCUGUCUCUGGCUCCGUCUCUGUCUCUGGCUCUCGCUCUGGCUCCGUCUCUGUCUCUGGCUCGGGCUCUCGCUCCGUCUCUGUCUCUGUCUCUCGCUCUGGCUCUUGCUCCGUCUCUGUCUCUGGCUCUCGCUCUGGCUCUCGCUCUGGCUCUCGCUCUGGCUCUCGCUCUGGCUCUUGCUCUUGCUCUGGCUCUCGCUCUGGCUCUGUCUCUGGCUCUCGCUCUGGCUCUUGCUCUGGUCCAGAGGGGGCUGGAUCUCCCUAACGACCCCAUCAGUGUUACCGAAAUGGUGGACCAGAUCCCCACGGAUCUCCCCACUGCGGCCCUUAUUGCAAAGGAAAAGGACCGGGCUGGAGCCAAGGUGAGCCCACCCCCCUCUCUAGAGAUUGCUAAAUAUUUCUUCAUUUGUUUCAUCCUAUCAGAAUCAAACAUAGACAAUAACGCUGAGCUCCGGAUUGUGUUGGUGGGGAAGACCGGAGCUGGGAAGAGCACCACAGGAAACACCAUUUUCGGAAAAGAGUCCUUUAAAUCAAAGUUCUCUGCUAAAUCCAUGACUGUAGACUGUUCUAAGGCCUUGGGUGAAGUUGAUGGACAAAGAGUUAAGGUUAUUGACACUACUGGUCUGUUUGACACCAAGAUUGAAGAAGAGAAGACCAGAAAGGCCGUUGUGCAGAGCAUUGCUUAUGCUGCUCCUGGACCUCAUGUCUUCCUGGUCGUCAUCAAACUGGGCAGAUUCACAAAUGAAGAAAAGCAGACAGUGAAGAAGAUUCAGGAAAUCUUUGGAGAGGAAGCGAACAGAUACAGCAUGGUUCUCUUUACCCACGGUGACCAGCUCGAAGACCAAACUAUCAAAGAGUUCUUGAAGGAAAGUGAAGAGCUGCAGGAACUUGUGGCCAGAUGUAACGGCCAGUACCACGUCUUCAAUAAUAAGGUGAAGGAUCGUUCUCAGGUCAAAGAGCUGCUCGAAAAGAUCAGAAAUAUAACAGAGAGCAACGGAGGAAGCCAUUAUACCACAGAAAUGUUCCAGAAGGCAGAGGAGGCCAUAGAAGAGGAAAAACAGAGAAUCAUUGAAGAGAGAGAAGAAGAAAUACGCAAACAGGAAGAGGAAAUUCAAAUGAGAUUAGAUCAAAAGUAUGAGGAACAAUUGAAUAAAAUCGAAGAGGAUAGGGAGAGGUCAGAAAGGAAGAGAGAAGCUAAUGAAAGAGAAAUAGAGGAGGAGAGGAGGAGAAUGAGAGAUGAGGAGGAAAGGCAGAGAGAAGCUCAUGAAAGAGAAAUGGAGGAGGAGAGGAGGAGAAUGAGAGAAGAGGAUGAAAAGCUGAGAGAAGCGCUGCCCCCCUCCCCCCUCCACACACCCCUCCUUCUCCCCCCUCCUGACACCUCCUGA